GUUUUGGAUAUAGGUCUUUCUGCAAGAAGUCAGCACAAGAUGGGCAUAAAACGACGAUUCUCGGGGUUUUCUGUUUCGUUCAGUGCAUCACCACUGCGCAUGCGUUAUAGAAUAAAAAUGAAAUUUUGAAAACAAUGAAUUUUUCUCAUUAUAUUGUCCUUUUCUACUUCAAUGAAGCGAAGUGAACAUAGUUUUUCAAUGUUGUAAUGCAGAACUAGUCCAUUUGAAAUGUUGGACCUUGAAGUUCAGCCUGAAAGGUCCCUAGGGAACGAGCAAUGGGAGUUCAUUUUAGGCAUGCCCUUCCACCAGGCAGUUGCCAUAACACAGAGGCAAGAUAGACUCGUUAAAGGUGUGCAAGUUUGGUACAGUGACCAAACACCUCUACAGAUGGACCUAGUGAUCAGUCUCUCCCAGGAUGGUAUAAGGCUCAUAUUUGACCCUGUGCUUCAGAGAUUAAAGAUCAUAGAAGUAUUCAAUAUGGGAAAAGUCAAGUUAAAAUACUGUGGUGUUCAUUUUAACGCUCCUCCCAAUGUGUCACCUACCAUAGAACAGAUUGACCAAUCAUUUGGAGCAACACAUCCUGGGGUAUAUGACACAGAAAAACAGUUGUUUACACUGAACUUCAGAGGUCUUUCAUUCUCCUUUCCUAUAGAGUCCAAGUUUGAGCCAAAGUUUACGCAUGGUCUUGGUUCAAUCCAGUUUCCCAGCCGUGCCUCGUCUCCUGUUGUGUCAAAGAUGUGCAUAUAUGCCGGGCAUGGUCUCAAUGAUACCAGGGCCCCAUCAAUACCCCUAAACUGUUUCCAUGGUAACUGUUACACUGACCGUGUUGACAUCAUCAGGGAAAAUAAUUCAACCAAAGCACUGAAAUUUACCGUAGUCACAGAAGGCAGUGGCCCAGGGAAAUUAGCAGAGCAUAGGAGACAUGUUAUAGAAAGAACAAUUGCCUUCAGCCAGUCAUGUGAGGAUGUAACGAGUUGUCUGGGGUGCCCUAGUAAAGUGUUUUACAAAGCAGAAGACAAAAUGAAAAUCCAUUCCCCAGACGCACACAAAAUGGUCAGAUCUCGCUCUUCAGAUUUUUUCUACAACUAUGUAACGCUUGGCUUGGAUAUAUUAUUUGAUGCAAACACAAACCUAGUUAAGAAAUUUGUACUUCACACCAACUUUCCCGGUCACUAUAACUUUAACAUGUAUUAUAGAUGUGAGUUUAGAAUUCCAGUGAAAGUUGAUCUUAAGAGACAUAAAGGUACCUUGGGAUCAGAGAUACUAGAGGGUGACACCCUCAUCAUUACACCAUACUCUAAGUGGGACAUUAUAGAAGACUUCCUCAGGAAGCCAGACGAGAGGCCAGUAGUUUUAAAUAGAUCUUCAUCCACAAAUACAACCAAUCCAUUUGGGUCAACCUUCUGUUAUGGCAUUCAUGAUAUGAUCUUUGAGGUGAUUCAGAACAACCACAUCGCAUCAGUGACAUUAUACCAGCCCACUGGCACAACCAGCCAGUCUAGAACUUGA